UUGACAACAACCGUCGGGUGUGAUCCGUGGAUGAAGCAGACUCAUCGCUACUGCACUCAUUUUACGUGUAACCUGGAGUCAAAUGAACAAUUAACGCCUUUCGGCCUGUUAUCGCCACACUGUAAUCGUAUUUUAGGCUCUCAGUAUGCCGAGCAAUAAGCAUGACAAACCGGAGAUCAUGGAUAAUGUGAAGGUUGUAGUGAGAUGUCGUCCCCUCAACCAGAAAGAGAAAAUGAUGGGCCACAGGCCGGCCGUCAUAGUGGACGAGAACCGUGGGACCAUAACAGUGAACAAACUGGAGACUCCCCAGGACCCCCCAAAAACCUUUACAUUUGACACAGUGUUUGGACCCGAAAGCAAACAGCUGGAUGUCUACAACCUCACAGCUCGUCCCAUUGUUGAUUCUGUUCUGGAGGGAUAUAAUGGCACAAUCUUUGCAUAUGGGCAAACUGGCACAGGAAAAACAUUUACCAUGGAAGGAGUGAGAGCAGUACCAGAACUCAGAGGGAUCAUCCCAAAUUCUUUCGCUCAUAUUUUUGGUCAUAUCGCCAAGGCAGAAGGUGACACUAGAUUUUUAGUUCGUGUUUCGUACCUGGAGAUUUAUAAUGAGGAGGUCCGGGACUUGUUGGGCAAGGACCAGAUGCAGAGGUUGGAGGUAAAAGAGAGGCCAGAUGUAGGCGUCUACAUUAAGGACCUAUCUGGUUAUGUGGUGAAUAAUGCUGAUGACAUGGACAGAAUAAUGACCCUGGGCCACAAAAACCGUUCUGUUGGUGCUACAAACAUGAAUGAGCACAGCUCCCGCUCUCAUGCUAUCUUCACCAUCACCAUCGAGUGCAGUGAGAAGGGUGUGGAUGGAAACCAGCAUGUGCGCAUGGGAAAACUGCAUCUGGUCGAUCUAGCAGGUUCAGAAAGACAGGGUAAGACCGGAGCCACAGGCCAACGUUUGAAGGAAGCAACAAAGAUCAAUCUCUCUCUCUCCACUCUGGGAAAUGUCAUUUCUGCUCUGGUGGAUGGAAAGAGCACACACGUUCCAUACAGGAAUUCAAAGCUGACUCGUCUUCUCCAAGAUUCACUCGGAGGAAACUCCAAAACCAUGAUGUGUGCAAAUAUAGGCCCUGCAGACUACAACUAUGAUGAGACCAUCAGUACCCUGCGCUAUGCUAACAGGGCUAAAAACAUCAAAAACAAAGCCCGGAUCAAUGAAGAUCCCAAGGAUGCCCUUCUGCGGCAGUUUCAGAAAGAGAUUGAGGAGCUGAAAAAGAAACUGGAAGAGGGUGAAGAGAUCUCCGGUUCAGAGGCCAGCGGAUCAGAGGAGAUGGAUGAAGGUGAUGAUGUAGGAGGGGAGCCGGGAGAAGUCCGCAGGAGAAAAAGGGGAAGGAAGAAGGUUUCUCCAGAUAAGAUGGUGGAGAUGCAGGCAAAAAUUGAAGAGGAAAGAAAGGCUUUGGAGGCCAAGCUGGACAUGGAAGAGGAGGAGCGGAACAAGGCAAGAGCUGAGCUGGAGAAGAGGGAGAAGGACCUUCUUAAAGCCCAGCAGGAGCAUCACCUCUUGCUAGAGAAGUUAUCAGCUUUAGAAAAGAAGGUGAUUGUGGGCGGCGUGGAUCUUCUCGCCAAGGCUGAGGAGCAAGAGAAGCUUUUAGAGGAGUCGAACAAUGAACUUGAAGAGCGUCGGAGGAGAGCCGAGCAGCUGCGUAGGGAGCUUGAAGAGAAAGAGCAAGAGCGUCUAGACAUAGAAGAGAAGUACACUAGCCUUCAGGAGGAAGCCCAAGGAAAGACCAAGAAGCUGAAGAAAGUGUGGACCAUGCUAAUGGCUGCCAAAUCUGAAAUGGCAGAUCUACAACAAGAGCAUAACAGAGAGAUUGAGGGUCUCCUGGAAAACAUCCGCCAGCUGAGCCGAGAACUAAGGCUCCAGAUGCUCAUCAUAGAUAACUUUAUUCCCCAGGAAUACCAGGAGAUGAUUGAGAAUUAUGUGCACUGGAAUGAAGACAUUGGAGAAUGGCAGCUGAAGUGCGUGGCUUACACUGGUAACAAUAUGAGAAAGCAAACCCCUGCUCCAGACAAAAAAGAAAAAGAUCCGUUUGAGGUGGAUCUGUCUCACGUGUAUCUGGCAUACACGGAGGAGAGCAUGCGGCAGUCGCUAAUGAAACUAGAAAGGCCCAGAACCUCUAAAAGUAGCAAGAGUAGCCGACCCAAGACCGGACGAAGGAAAAGAUCUACAAAGCCAGAUGCUGUGCUCGAAUCUCUUCUGCAGUAAUGACAGGGUAAAGAAGAAACUACAUCUCACUGCAACUUUCACGUUACCUAAAUGAAUUGUUAGUGCUGUUUAUGGUUGAACAACAUAAGAUUUUCUGCAUACACUUCAUAGCUGUUAGUGUUUUAAAUGUGAAAGAGCUACGCCCGCACUAGAAAACGAAGACGUGGAAAAGAAGAUGUUUGACAAAGUUGGAUGGCUCUGGGGAACACAUUUCAGGUUGCAACGUCUUCACAGUGACCAACAAUCUAUCUGUAAGAAGCCAAUAAUCGGGAUGGCGGAAAUUGACGUGGUCGUGACCUACACUUUUCAAAGCAUUUAUUUUGCCCCUUGGUCUUGAUUAAUGUCGAGCUGAUUUCCGCCAGUGUCACAAAAUAGAUUGUGUUAACGUUUAUUAACCCAUUCAGACGGUAAAAAGUCUUGAACCUGCAGGCUUUCUGGAAAACGUAACAUUAUCCACGAACAUUUUUAUUUUUUGGCCCCUGAAGAAACUAAAAGAACGACUUCAAAGUCCUUUGAUCGUUUGAACCUUUUACUUUUAUCGUAAAUUAAUGACUUACCCCACAUGUUGAUCAAUAUUCAGUAUAAAGAUAUUACAUCCAUGUCUGAAUUGGUUAAAUGUAUCCGUUGGUACUCUGCAGUUAAAUAUAAUUGAAUCCCGAUUAUUAAGGAAAUAAAUGUUUCAUCUCAAUUGAAUAUCAGAAACGAGAGAAUAAAAAGAUGUAUGUAAAUGAAAAUAGUGCUUAAUACCCUUUAGAUUGGAAACAUAGCGGCGUGCAUGCCAGCCAGCUCUUAUGUUCAUGCUAUUAAAUACUUUAUACAAGUCAUCUAUUUGUUUUCAGAUGGCAGAACACUUAAUGAAGUGCAACAAUCAUUCUGUAAUCUUUAGAAUAAAACACUAGUAUAUGACUUUAAAGGUGGUAAUUUGAUGCUGUGAUGUUCUGCAGUGGAAUCAGACUGACUUUUUUUUUGUAUUAUAAUGUAUGUCAAAUGUUUACACCUACAAACCCUUGGAUUUUAUUUAUUAAAUUGUGUUACUUGUCUUACGUCA